AUGGACGCAUUCCUCGAGGAAUACGGGCUCGGGCCCGCUCCCGUGUACACGGUGAAGGACGUCAUCGCGCAGACAUUCAUCCAGGCAUAUGCAAACCAUCUCAAGAAGAGAGGCAAGUUCCAGGUCCCCAUGUGGGCGGAUUUGGUUAAGACGGGAUAUGGCAAGAGCCUGGCCCCCCAGGACCCUGACUGGAUCUACAAACGUGCGGCGGCCAUUCUGCGUCAUCUUUAUCUGCGUCCUAACUGCGGCGUGGGGGCAUUCAGGAAGUUCUUCUCCUGCAAGACUGGCAAAAAGUGCAUCCCAGGACAUACCAGCAAGGCGAGCGGGAAGAUUAUCCGCUACAUUCUUCAGCAGUUCGAGGCAAUGGGUCUUGUGGAGUCCCGCCCAGACAAUGGCAGGCGCUUGACGAAGCUCGGUCAGAAGGAGCUGGACGUCAUUGCCCGCCAGAACUGGAGCUAA